AUGAAUAAAUCUAGUAAAGGGAAAAGAGAAAACAACUGAUAUAUUUAUGUUGGAUGGGCAAACAGGCAGCAAAAAUAAAGUCUCGGAGAUGAACAUGAUGGAGGGAAUAAGUGAGGUUAAUCUCUUAAGAAAUAACUCCCAUGAUUCCUUUGAUUCGAUAUUCAACAAAGAACUAGACCUUGACAUAGAGGAAGUUCCAAUGGUUUUGUAUGAACUCCAUGAAAACGCAAUCUAUUAUAUUGAAAGAGAAGAAUGGGAGAAAGCGCUUGUCUUAUUACAGAAAGCGCAGAUUAUUAUUGAGCAAGCAAAUGUAGAGAGAUUCAAAAAGGAUAGACUUGUUAUUAUAAUCAUCUUCCAUAAUACUGCAUUGUGAUAUCAGAUGCUUGGGUCUUUAGAAGACGCCUCGUUAUUUUUAGAGACUUGAAUUCUCAAUCUAGAAAUUCUAUCGAUGAUGCCUUGUUUUCAGAAAACGGAGGUUAAAUCGAAUAUUCUAUCCCUUGAAUGAAUUCUGAGAAUGCAAUUAUGAGCUCUUUUGUCUCAGCUGCAUAGACACCAGGAAGCCCUUUAUCAUUGCCAGAUAGCUGUGAGGAUAGGCCAUUUUAUAUUUAAAGACUUGAAGAGAUAUUGUGAAUCCCUUGUAUACAGAGAAAGCUACGCUAAUAUUGAUAAAUAAACAGGAUGAAGAGACUGAUUCCAAGCAUCAAAAUUCUCCAAAAGCAAAUUCUAAGCUUCCCACGACUAGAAUAGAGGUAAAAACUGAUAGGUCAAUGGAUAUGAAUAAGCUAAGAUCAAGUGCAAGAAAAGGAAAUAUGGAACUGAAAAAGAAAGAUACUAGCCGCAAAGGAUCUAUAAAUUCAGCAUCUACAGAUGAUUCUGACGGAGAGCCAAUGUCAAUUUUUCAUAAAGGUUACAAGAAGAUUUACCCUAUACUUAAAGAAUUUGAGAAAUAUUUAGUAAAAGAGGAUAAUUUACAAAGCAAGUUAAAUAACUUCUCUACUGAUCAAAAAGAUACCCUAAAGAAUAAAGAAAGAUUUCAAUAUAAAGUCUCAGAGCAAGAGAAGUUGAUCAAGAGCAGAAUUGAGGAAAUCACAAAGAAUGAGGAGGUUAAUCUGGAAAAUAUGCUAGGGUUUAUUAACCAAAAGAAGCUGAAUUCUUACCUCAAUAUUUCUAAUAUUAUGAGGCUCAAUAAAUUGGAUUUCAAUGAUCUUUAUUACACCAGAGAUCUAGAUAUGACGCUUACAAGGAAACCUAUUUUAGAAAAGAUCAUGCUGAUUAUAACUUCCUAUUUUUGAAUGGGAACUGAAUUGAGAUUUCUAAAGCAGCUACAAGUGGAUGGCUUCAAAGAUUCAGUGGAAGCCCAAUUUUGGCAUGGAAAUGCACUUGAAAUGGCAUUUGUUUUUCUUCCAAGUGAGUCUCCAUACGUGAAGCAUUUGGUUCAUUCAUAUACAAAGCACCAUUCUCCAUCUUCUCAGUCAAUUCCUGAGGGUUAUGAGAUGGCUCCAAAUGUUAAAAUUCUGAGAGCACUUCGAGGAGUGCAUAACAGUAAAUCAAACCCUAUUAUUCAAGACUGCGAUUACAUUUAUAACUCGAAAUCUGAUCUAGACAUUGAAAGUAAAGUCUCAAAAGAAUUUUCUCAAAAUAUGAUUAAGCAUAUAAAGAAUGCAAUGGUAAAGAUAUCCCCACUUGAUAUGCCUAAUAAUGAUUAUUUUAAGUAUAUUGAUGAUAAAAUGAUUGAACUAGGAGUAAAAAAUCAAAGCAGAACCAAUGAGAAUAAGCAAAGGAAAAGUAUAGCAUCUGAAAGAGAAUCAUGAAUAAUGCUUAAUAAAGUCCAAACUAGAGAUCAAGAAGUUCAAGUUGCUCCUGAUUUCAAACCUACUAAGGUUUAUAUUGAUAGAGCCUUAAGUGCAAAAUGAUUGACGACUAAAGUUUUCAAGCCAAAGUUAAAACAGACAACUGAUGCUGCAGUUAACACAAAAGAAAGAUUUAUUCUAACUCAGAAAAAUGAUAGCCGAUAUUCAUCUGGGAAUAGCAGCUUAAAUACUCCAUCAAGCGGAGCGUUAUUUGCUAAUCGUAUAACUAAAUAACUCUCAAAGUAGGCACUCUAAUGAGCUAGAACGGCAGUAUAUGUUAAAGAAGAAAUAUAAUGAAAAAUUACAAAAUUAUCCUCACACAAGGUUGACUCCAGGAUCUUAUGAUUCUCAAGACAGGCCGAACUCAAUAGCUGGUUCAAUUAAAUUAAGGAAAAGCCAUGAUUCUAGUCAAUCUUCCCUUAAAAGUAACAAACUGGAGAUGUAUGAUAAUAAGAAAUACAAUUCUAGUAAAAAUCAUUUCAGAAAAUCUGAGAAUAAUCAGGUACUCUCACAGAAUAAUAACAAGAGGAGAACGAGUAGUUCAAAAAGAAGAUAUCACCAAAACUCGAAUAAAAUCUUUGUAAAUAAACAUUUAACAAGCCUUGAUCAUGGAGCAGCUGAAAGAGGGCAAGGAUUACUUCCUCAAGGAAAUACCGCUGGUUCUAAUAUGUCUUUUGAUGAAGAAGUGAAUAAUAUCAGCAAAGGACAUAGAUCUAAUCAUAGUCUGAGUUCAAUUGACCAUCCACGACAAAAUAGAUACUCAAAAAUCUCUAUGGCAAAUCCUAGCAUCUCUAAGCCAAAAAUGAAUCCUAUCCGUAUCAGCAAUAAAGGUUUUAAUAAUAGAAGUAACAGUAGUUCUACGAUAAAAUAAGAAGAAGAGCAAAUCUUCUAAUUUAUCAGUUUCCCGAAUAGACCAGUCAUUUCCUCGCGAUGAUAAUAACUAUCUAAAGGACUCAGGGAGCACUAAGGUCAGAAAAGGAACGAUAGAGAUGAAGAUUAAGUCGACUCUGAAUGAUCAAAUGAGUACUUUACAACAUCAGAUAAACAUAAUGAGUUUUGGUCAGAACCUAAAGACCCCUCAAUUCAAGAUUCCUAGCAAUCAAUUCCAGAUAAAGAAGCAGUAUUUUACCAAAGGUUUCUCAGAGAGUAACUCGAACAGAAGAAGGAAGAAGAGUCAAGAGCAAAAAGAGAAGAUCAAUCAUUCCAUGAUCUAUGACCAAGUUAGUAGACUAAAUCGUUAAUUUCAA